AUUAUUUUACCAAGAACGGCCACCACGUUACAUAUUUUGACGUUGACAUUCCGUUGGUUUGGAAUUUGUUAGGAAUUCCGAUCUAGCUAAGGGGCGAACUAGAAAAUGGAUUUUAAAACUCUUCUGAAAAAUAAAGUCAACAAACUGAAAGAUAAAUAUGGUUUACCUUCUGAAGAUCGUCAAAUCAAACUAGAGGAAGAAUAUUUUGCUAAAUAUCUAGAAGAAUUCGGACUUAAAUGUAACGAUGAAACGAUAAAAAUUCCGCGCUUUUAUAAAAGACCCCCUAGUGAGAAUGAACCACUUCGUCAACACCUUCGUGAAGAAAGUGUAUCGCACCUAUUGAAAAGACGAAGCCAGCAACUUUUAGAUAACGAUGAAUUGAAGGAACUGUGGAUACUUUUAGAGAAUCAAAGCCUUCCUGAUGACCAGCUUAUAACCUAUUCAGAUUUCAAAAGAAUUGCUUCCUUAGCUAAUCAAAAAGCACAAACCUAUUUUACUCCAUGUGUUUUUGCAAAAUUACAGCAAGGGGACCCCCAAGGAAGAAUUUUUACACUGUCUCUUUUUAAUUAUGUAAUGAGAAAGGUUUGGUUAGAACAAACAAGAAUUGGCCUUUCUUUAUAUGAUACUUCAGGACUAGGUUUUUUAACUGAAAUGGACUUAGAAAAUUAUAUAACAGAUUUGUUACCUACAAUUCCUCAACUUGAAGGAUUAGAAAAGUCAUUUCACAGUUUUUAUGUUUGUACAGUUAUCAGAAAAUUUUUAUUUUUUUUAGACACAGUUGGUUCGGGGCGUGUUAGAAUACUUGAUAUAUUGUCCUGUUCUUUUUUAGAUGAUUUGCUUGAAUUACGAGAUGAGAAUCUGAGUAAAGAAUCUCUUGAGCAAAAUUGGUUCAGUGCAUCCUCAGCAUUGAGAAUAUAUGGACAUUAUUUAAAUUUAGAUAGAAACCAUAAUGGAAUGUUGAGUAAAUCAGAGUUGGCAAGUUAUGGUUCAGGAACCUUAACUCAACCAUUUUUGGAUCGUGUUUUUCAAACUUGUGUUACAUAUGGUGGUGAAAUGGAUUAUAAAACCUAUUUAGACUUAGUUUUAGCACUAGAGAAUCGCUCAGAGCCUCAAGCAAUAUCAUACCUAUUUCGAAUUAUCGAUAUAAGAGAACAGAAAUAUCUGGAUGCAUUCACAUUGAAUUAUUUCUUUAGAGCUAUUCAGGAUCAAAUGAAGGCACAUGGAGCUGAGCCAGUUUCAUUUGAAGAUGUUAAAGAUGAGUUGUUUGAUAUGGUAAGGCCUAAAGAUCCUGAGAGAAUCACUCUUGAAGAUUUGCUUGCCUGUGGGCAAGGUGAUACCUUUAUUAGUAUUUUAAUUGAAUUUCAUGGCUUUUGGGCUUAUGAAAAUCGAGAAGCUGUAACAGCUGAAUCAGCACAAGACUAGUUCUGAGAUAUUCAGGCCAAUUAAUUUUUCCAAUACAAAUUUUUGGAUUCCUAGACAUUUGCUUUAAUCAAAAGUGGUUUUGUUUCUUGAAGAUCAAAUAUUCAAAAAAGAAAUGACAAAUUCUCUUUUCCAAAGCAUUAUAACAAUAGAUAUGCAAUAAGGAUAAAUGAGAGAUAUUCUCAACUUAUGUAUACUUGAAAUAAAUUAUAAAACAUAA